CCGUUUCCCCGGGCGCUGCCACGACGGCAGCGGCAUGGCGGGCGCGGAGUUGCGGGCGGCGCUGGAGCAACGGCUCGGUGCCCUGGCCAUCCAGACCGAGGUCGUGGAGCACCCCGAGGUGUUUACAGUUGAAGAAAUGAUGCCUCAUAUUCAACAUCUGAAAGGAGCACAUAGUAAGAACUUAUUUCUUAAAGACAAAAAGAAAAACAGCUAUUGGCUGGUGACAGUUCUUCAUGAUAGACAAGUUAAUUUAAAUGAACUUGCCAAGCAGUUAGGUGUUGGGAGUGGAAAUCUGCGGUUUGCUGAUGAAACAGCCAUGCUAGAAAAACUAAAAGUUGGUCAAGGCUGUGCCACACCCUUGGCGCUCUUCUGUGAUGAUGGAGAUGUGAAAUUUGUUCUGGAUUCUGCUUUUCUGGAAGGUGGACAUGAAAAGGUAUACUUUCAUCCAAUGACCAAUGCUGCAACCAUGGGAUUGAGGCCUGAAGACUUUCUCACAUUUGUGAAGAAGACAGGACAUGAUCCCAUAAUAUUAAAUUUUAAUAAAAAUUAACUGGGCAAAUGUUUAGAAUAAACUUAUUUCUGAAAGCU